AUGGGUAUCUUUACCAACUCGCCCCUGGCGAAGUAUGUCAAGAGCGUGAAGGAGGCACCAAAGGGCAUUUAUAAUCAUCAGUUGAUGCUGACGGUCAUCAUGUAUGCUCUUGCUGGCAUGCCGAAAGGUUGGGACGAAGGUACGACAGCAUCCGUAACACAGCUGAAGUCAUUCCAAAGGCACUUCGGCGUGACACCCAAAAAUCACCCAGAGCAAAUCUCCAACAUCGUCUCCUUCGUCAAUCUCACUGCAGGAAUUGGUGCUCUCCUCUCGUUCUUCUUGAAUGACCGGCUCGGACGAAUCUGGUCAUACAGACUGUACAUGGCCAUAUAUGCCCUGGGCAACAUCAUCGAAACCUUCUCAUAUGGCAGUCUCCCGGCACUGUACGUAGGCCGUCUAGUCGCGGGAGCUGGCAUCGGUUCUCUCACCGUCGUAGGCCCCAUGGCCAUCGUGGAGAUUGCACCCACAACCACGCGAGGACUCAUGACACUAUGGUUCAACGUUUGCAUGCUGAGCUCUCAAAUGAUUGGCAUCUUCAUCGUCUUUGGAUGCAACGUCCACGUGAACCCAACAUCACGCCUACAAUACCAGAUUCCGUUCUUCGUACAGUGCUUCGUCCCCGCAAUUGGGGUUGUCAUGUCGUUCUUCCUCCACGAAUCCCCACGAUGGCUCUGCCUUCGCGGGAGGACGGAUGAAGCCCUAAGAACCCUCACAAUCCUUCGAGGUCUCCCCUCGGACCACGCCUAUCUGCUCGCAGAAUGGGACAUGAUGAGCACCCAAGUCGCACGCGAACAAAGCGAGUUCGGCGACAUGAGCUCCGGCUCCAUCAUCCGCGAGACGUUUUGCGUACGCUCAAACUUGCGGCGCGUGCAACUCACUAUCGUGGCGUACAUCCUCGCGCAAUUCUCAGGCGCCAACAGUGUUACCAACUACCUGCCCGAGAUCUUUGGUAUCAUUGGUGUGCGCUCUACGAACGUGAAGGUCUAUGCCUCAGGGCUCUACGCGCUCGCAAAGCUGGUGUGCUGUCUUGCUGCGUCGCUGUUCUUUGUCGAUGCACUAGGCAGGAGAAAGUCGCUGUUCGUCGGCAUCACCGUGCAGAUGCUGUGUCAUUCGUAUCUGGCAGGAUAUCUCAAUUUCUUUGUGCGGAACGAGGACAGCGUGACGACAGGGGCAUCAGACAUGGCGAUCGGAGUGAUUUAUAUCCAUGCUUUUGGCUGGGCCGUCGGUCUAUACACCCUUCCCUACCUCUUUGGCGCCGAGCUCUGGCCUAAUCGCAUCCGCUCUUUUGGCGGUGCGCUCUCUCAAGGUUUCCACUGGCUGUUCUACUUCGGCAUCACCAAGGCGACACCCGCGCUUCUGAACGCCAUGAAUCAGUGGGGUGCGUUCGUAUUCUUCGUCGCUUGGUGUGUCGUGGCGUUGAUUUAUAGCUAUAUCAUGGUUCCUGAGACGGCCGGGAGGGCAUUGGAGAAUAUGGACGCGUUGUUUGAGGGGCCGUGGUGGGCGAUGCGUAAGGCGGCUAAGGUAUCGGGGAAUCUGGGGGAUGAGGAGAAUGGGAAAGGAGAGAAGGGAGAAGAAAUGAGAAUUGAGAUUGAGGGGGGAAAGAAGGGGGGUGUUUGA